CAGGAUUUGUUGGGUUUGCCGUCGUUUUUUGUCGUUCGCGUUUAGCAUUUUCGGCAGUUACUGCUCUUUGUGAAGUGAAUUGCAAUAAAAUCUACUAAAGAUGUUUCUGACUCGCUCCGAGUACGAUCGUGGAGUGAACACCUUCUCCCCCGAGGGCCGCUUGUUUCAGGUAGAAUAUGCAAUCGAAGCGAUCAAAUUCGGUUCCACUGCCAUCGGAAUAUGUACACCGGAGGGUGUUGUGAUGGCCGUAGAGAAACGAAUCACCUCGUCACUGAUGGAACCGACGAAGGUUGAGAAAAUCGUAGAAGUAGAUCGUCACAUCGGCUGUGCUACCUCGGGCUUGAUGGCCGAUUCACGGACGCUAUUGGACCGCGCUCGGCUAGAGUGUCAGAAUCAUUGGUUUGUGUACAAUGAACGGAUGUCGGUGGAGUCGUGUGCGCAGGCCGUGUCGAAUUUGGCCAUUCAAUUUGGCGAUGGGGAUGAGGAUUCUGCUAUGAGCCGACCGUUCGGUGUGGCCAUCCUAUUCGGUGGUAUCGAAAACGGAGAACCACAACUCUGGCAUAUGGACCCAUCCGGGACGUACAUUCGAUUCGAUGCGAAGGCGAUCGGUUCCGGAAGCGAAGGUGCCCAGCAGAAUUUACAGGAUUGUUAUAUGCCCACAAUGACCGUCAAGGAGGCAAUCAAUCUCGCACUCACCACACUGAAGCAAGUAAUGGAAGAGAAACUGAAUUCAACGAACGUGGAAGUUAUGACGAUGACUCCCGAUCAGGUGUUUCAAAUGUUUACCAAGGAAGAGCUUGAAGAAUAUUUGAAAGGUCAAGAGCCUACAUCAACAAAAGAAGAGGCCAAGAAAACACAUUAACAGAAUGACUUAAGUGGAACGCAAAUUGGAUUCGUCUUGCUGAGUCUUUCGCUUGCGCUUCU